AUGGCUUCAGCCGGCGGCCGGAGAUGGCAGCAGUUCUUCCAAGAAAUGGUGAUGGUAGCAGGCACUUCUGCCUCUGCAUACUUCCUCAUUCGCUACCUUAUAUCACGCCUUGAUUUCGACCCGGAGAGCCAGAAGAAAGAAGAACAGCGCCAAAAGUCCGCAGCCAUCUUACGUCGAUUGGAAGGCGGGAAUGACGGGGAUGAUACUUCUCGGGGAAAUGAUGGAAAGCGUGGGAAAGGGCAACGAAAGCGAGAUCUUACUUUGAACCAAUACGAACAAGCGAUUGCGAUGGAUGUUGUUGCGCCAGAUGAUAUCUCAGUGUCAUUUGAAGAUAUUGGUGGUUUGGAAGAGAUCAUUGAGGAACUGAAGGAAUCUGUCAUUUACCCGUUGACUAUGCCUCACCUCUACGCCUCUACAUCGUCUCUCCUGAGUGCACCCUCGGGAGUCCUUCUAUAUGGUCCGCCUGGCUGCGGAAAGACUAUGCUUGCCAAAGCUCUAGCAUCCGAGAGUGGUGCGUGCUUUAUCAACUUGCACAUCUCAACAUUGACUGAGAAAUGGUACGGCGACUCCAAUAAGUUGGUCAAUGCCGUGUUUUCGCUUGCGCGCAAGUUGCAACCGGCUAUCGUCUUCAUUGAUGAGAUCGAUGCUGUGCUCGGAACCCGGAGAAGUGGCGAACACGAGGCCAGUGGCAUGGUGAAAGCAGAGUUCAUGACUCACUGGGAUGGUCUCACAUCGGCAAAUUCCACAGGAGAGCCACAACGGAUUGUCGUUCUCGGAGCCACGAACCGCAUUCAAGACAUUGAUGAGGCCAUUCUCCGAAGAAUGCCCAAGAAAUUCCCCGUGACUCUUCCCCCAAUUGCCCAGCGACUUCGCAUUCUCGGCAUUAUUCUCAAAGACACCAAGGUUGAUCGGGAAAAUUUCGACCUACACUACCUAGUCAAGACCAUGGCUGGAAUGUCAGGUAGCGAUAUCAAGGAAGCAUGUCGUGAUGCCGCGAUGGUUCCUGUGCGGGAACUCAUCCGAACAAAGAAGGCCAGUGGCAUGAACAUGGAUGCAAUGGACCCCCAAGAAGUUCGGGGUCUGCGCACGGAAGAUUUCUUUUCUCGGGCUGGUGGCGUCAAGGUCAUUCCCCAACCGACUUCAUUGCCUACCCCAACCGGGAAAGUCAGUGAAAAGGAAGAUGGAGACUGGAGCACCGAGUCCGAAGCUGCAUCGGAAGCUGAGACCCGACACUCUGUGAUGGCUGAGCCUCCAGAGUGA